AUGACGAUGAAAGAUGUUAUCGAUGUCAUGGCGUUACAAAACAAUAGACGGGAACGACGCUUACCGGAUUAUCGGAGUGCUGCAGGACACAGUUUAGCUACAAACUUCAUAUUUGAGUGCGGUAUAAAGCUUGGGUUGCAACCGGCAACUGUUGCUACUGCUGCAAUAUUUUAUCAUAAAUUUUUCAAAGAAGCUGAUAAAAACGACUACGACUGUUAUGUGAUUUGUACGGCUUGUCUUUGUGCAGCUGGUAAAUCUCGAGAUGAGCCUGUGAGACUUAGAGACGCUGUGAAUGUUGCGCAUAACUCUAUCAAUCGAGGUGCAGGGCCUUUAGAGUUAGGUGAAGAAUACUGGUCCUGGAGAGGUGCAGUGGCACAAGCUGAGCUGCUUGUGCUACGUUUACUAGGUUUCAAUUUGGACGCACCUUCGCCACAUAGAUAUUUACUACACUAUUUACGCUCCUUACAAGAAUGGUUUCCUCCGAACCAGUGGCGUGCGGCGCCAGUAGCUCGUGCUGCUAUGGCAUUUUUGCAAGAUUUCCACCAUUCCCCUUCAAUAUUAGAUUAUAGAGCUCCUCAUAUUGCAGUAGCUUCUUUGACUUUAGCAUUACAUGUGCUAGGAGUGUCGGUACCAUUAGCUGCUACAUUAGAUGAUGAUGCUGCUUGGUACUCUGUAUUUACCAAAGACUUGCAGAAGGAGAAAAAUUGGGAGAUAAUGGAAAAAAUUAUGCAAGUUUACAGCAGAGAACCAGAACCUAUAUAA